AUGUCUGCUGAGACCCUUACCUAUCAUCAUGAUAAACAUCAUCAAACAUAUGUCGACACUUUGAAUAGUAUUGCCGCUGAAAACCCUGCCAUUGCUAAGAAGACCUUGGAACAGAUCAUCCAGACUGAGACUGGCAAGACUUUCAAUCAGGCAGCUCAGGUAUACAAUCACACAUUCUUCUUCAACAACUUGUCACCCAACGGAGGUGGAGAACCGACUGGCCGUGUUGCCGAGCUCAUCACUCGAGACUUCGGAAGUUUUGAGAAGUUCAAGGAAGAGUUCAGUGCUGCUGCUAUUUCACACUUUGGCAGCGGAUGGGUGUGGCUCAUUGCCGAUGACGGCAAGCUGAAGAUUGCUCAGGGUCACGAUGCUGGUAACCCGAUACAUGAGAGUAAGACCCCUCUGAUGAACAUAGAUGUUUGGGAGCAUUCCUAUUACAUUGACUAUAGGAAUAAUAGAGCAGAGUAUGUGAAGAACUACUGGUUCCUCAUCAACUGGGACUUCGUCAAUGAGAAGGUCGCUGAGGCUGGUCUCUAG